GGUGGUGCUGAGGCGCUCGCGCUGCGCACGGACGGCAGAACCGCGCAGCCGGUACGUUGGGCGGUGUGGGAGCGGCGGGGACUGCACAGAAAAGACACGAAACGGGCCGAAAAACGCACCCCGGGGCACUGCCACGGGGGAAGGACACCGCUUCGGUGUGUGCCUCUACUUACCUGUAUGCAGCGCAGCAAUGGAAAGCCCCGUUUCGCUCAGCGCCCCGGGACCUGGCGGUGCUGCGGGGCGCCCGCAGCGGUACGGGCGGCGCUCACGCGGUGCACCCCCGCACGUGUCGGCACCGCAGAGGCUCUCGGAGCGCCGUACGGUGCCCUGCAGCCGCCCUGCGAGCCGCCCGGUGCAGCACAGCUGUACGGGGGUGCGCCCGCCCUGCAGCACGGCGCCUGGAAAUCCUCCGGGCGACCGCAGAGCUCAGUGUGGGAGCUCAGGGAGCGUCGUGGGGUGCCCCAGGGGGCGCUCUGGCAGCCUUGGAAGCUUGGUUGGGACAUUGGGAAGGCUGUGGGGCGCACCGAGGGACCAAAGAACCCCAACGAACCUGAGCCGACCUCAACAAAUCCAAUGGAAGAGCAGCGAACCCACGCGGACUUCAGCAACAAGCAGUGAACCUGCGCAGGCUUCAGCAAACCCCUCCUUUUGUUGCAUAUGUGAUCACUGUUGCAUGCUGCUACAGCCUCCCUUUGCUAACCUUGCAAUCCCCACGAAGACGUAUCCUUACAUCACCCCUCAGCAGUGACACCGGGAGACCUGCCCUUUUCUUCCCUACCUUUGAAGAUGUGCUGUUGAAUGCUGGAUGGAGGAUUGGCAGACCCCCGAACCACGAUGACGACGGCAGCCCCGCUGAUCAGCAGCACGCGGCUCCCACUGAAUGUGACCACGCGGUCCCAAGAGCUGAGCCUCUAUCAGAGUUCUGGAGCAAUCGUUGCUGCCAUCGUAGUAGGAGUAAUUGUUAUUUUUACAGUGGUUCUGCUCAUCCUGAAGGCAUAUAACAGACACAUGAGAGGGAAGCGGGAGCUGGAGCCCAAAAGCAGCAAAGGAACAGCACCUCCUCCUUUAGGGCAGAACAGCAGCAGCGCUACUCAGCAUUCCACAGUGACUUUCAUACCUAUCCACACACACAGCAGAUAACUGAACGCGUCCCUCCCUUUGAGAGAAGGGCUGGAGUUCUUAUCACGUGGAGAUGGGGCUGCUCUGAAAAGCGGUGCUGCGUUUGAAUGGUGAUGAGCUCUUGCUUUGUCUCUAUAUCCUAAUUUGUCCUGCUUUCUCUCUUUGGGAGGAAAACUGGAAGGUCUGGACGCUUUCCGUGUGAUGAGAAUCAAGUGGUGAAGGGAUACAAAGCGUGCGAAAUGCAAGGAGCCCUCCUUCACAGCUUUGGGUGUGGGAAGAUCAGAGAAGCCAAGCUAUUCGAUAGGAAAAGCCACGCACACUGAUUUUGCAGAGCUUUUGCUUGCUCGGAGUUUAAGCUUUUUCUAUCCUGCAAUGACUGGUGAUAAAUGGAAGGAAAAAUUGGACAUGCAAGCUGCGUGCAACUCAGGCUGUGCUUUGUUAAGGGUCACGUGAAGCAGGUUUGUAGUCUGUUCUAUACAUGGCGGGUAGUGUGGGAAGCAGGAAGACCAUAUUUAUCAUCACUCGUCUUUCACGUUUCUAACACCACGUCUGUAUGGCUGUAGACAGAAAAGAAUGACUUUUUUCCAAGUCUA